AUGAGCACUCGAACCGCUGCUGCCGACUCCGACCGGGUCCUUAAUGACAUUUGCGACGCGCCUGGAUUGGAUGGACGCAAGCGAUUUGAUCACAUCAUCGUCGGAGCUGGAAUCUUGGGGUCAUGGACAGCUUAUCAUUUGGCAUCGAGGGGAAAGUACGUCUUGCUCUUGGACCAGUUCCCGUUGCCCCACUCAAGAGGAAGUUCGAUGGGACAAUCGAGAGGCAUUGAAUUGGCGAGUACGGACGAGAACUGGAUCCCAUUGCUGAUGGAGUCGUAUCCAUUAUGGAGACAAUUGGAGGAAGAAACUGGAGAAAACCUCUUCGAAUAUCACGACCUGCUGAUCAUCACGGAAGUGGCCGGCGGCUGGCCCGUGCCGCAGAUCGACAACCUGCUGCAGUCCUUCCGCACCCGGGCCGCGCGACGCGUUCUAGACCCUGACCAGGUGCGGAAGUACUACCCGGAUCUGCACUUUAACAAUACCACUGCGGGUUUUGUUGACGGUUCCGGUGGCAUCCUGCUGGCUGCCAAAAUCCUCAACGCGCUGCGGGGUCGUAUCACGGCGAUGAACGGAGUGAUCAAAGACCAGUGCCAAGUAAUGCGGAUUGAUGCAGGCCCGCCUGCGAGCGUCCUCUGUCGGGGACACGCCAACACUUUCACCGCAGACUCCGUCAUCGUCACCGCGGGGCCGUGGACAUCGAAGAUGCUCAAGCGCGUUGGGCUGGACGUGAAGAUCCAGAGCAGCCUCGGGGCGCACAUGUACUUCCCGGCCCGAGAGGGCGCCUCCAUCGCUGACAUCUCUUUCAUCCACUACGAUACGGAGAAGCGGUUUCGUGCCUGGACGCAUCCAGUCGUCGAGUAUCCCGGUUUGGUCAAGUUGGGGAUAGGCCUGUGGAUCCCCGUGGAUCCCGAUCACAGGGACCAGGACGACCCGUACAGGAUGCGAGAAGCAGGCAUUGAGUACGUGAAAGAACACUUGGGGUGUCUCAAUCAAACAAUGGCCAUAUACGAAACGUGCAUGUACUACCACAUCGAAGACAAGCGUCAUAUCGUGAGCAUUCAUCCAUUCUAUGACAAUGUCGUCGUCGGAGCUGCUGCAGGUUCUGGAUUCAAGAUCUCCCCGGUUCUGGGCAAGGCAUUGGCAGACCUGGCCACGAAACGUCGCCCGGCGUUGGACGUGUCCAGCUUCUCCCUCGACAGGUUCACCGACCGUUCGAACCAGUAUUACCUAGAAAAGUACAACGGAUUCAUCGUGAUUCGACCAUUGCGAGAUGAAGCCAAAAACGCAUUCGUGGUCAAUAAUGACUCUGCGUUGCUCUGGAAUCCAAAAUUUCUAGAAACCUUCGACAACCAUUUCAGGCGUUUACGUUUGCUGAAGUCCUACUGAAGCCAAUUCAACGGCUGCGAUGAUGCAUUCAAUUGGUUAUCUCCGCAGAACGUCAAACAGAAGACCAUGUUUAUUCAACUUUCCGGAAAAUAUUGAAGACAUUCCUGUUUGGCAAGGGUUUCAUUUGCUACAACGAGAAAGAAAAUGUUGCUCUCUCUGCUCGACAUUAAUGUCCGUUUUACGGUGUCAUAUUUCGGGAUCGACAUCGAGAAUCACCAAGGGUAAGUUAACGUGAAGAAAUACAAUAAAACAAUUUUUCCACAA